AAGUCGUGUCCACACCUUGUUGUGCUUUGUCUUUGCGUCUUCAUCACUCUUCCAACCGCACCGUUAUUCGAAGGAGGAAAGGGGAAACCCCACUUGUUGAUUGAAAAUGCAGGCGCUUCAGCGUAGCGCCAAGACUCUGCCGACCACCAGCCAGCGUGUUCGUGAGAUUGCAGCUGUCACUUCGGCUCCUCGUGCUGUGGCUGGCCCUCUGUCCGCGCGCACGACUGCACCUCUCGUGCAGCCGGUCUCGGCGCCCCUUGCCUCCGGCCGUCGUGUGGAGGCUCGCGCAGCGUCUACUGCUUCCGCUCCCAAGUCAAGCAAGGGAAACGCACCGAUGGCUGUCGCUGAAAUCGGUCUGGUUGGCCUGGCGGUCAUGGGCCAGAACUUGGCCCUGAACAUCGCGGAGAAGGGCUUUCCCAUUUCGGUCUACAACCGUAGCUAUGACAAGACUGAGGCCGCGGUGAAGCGCGCUCAGAAGGAGGGCCUGGGCGAGAAGCUGCACGGCUACGAGCAAGUCAAGGACUUUGUGCAGAGCCUGCAGAGGCCCCGGCGCGUCAUCAUCCUGGUGAAGGCCGGCGCGCCCGUGGACCAGACCAUUGACCAACUGUGCGAGUUCAUGGAGCCUGGUGACAUCAUCAUUGACGGCGGCAACGAGUGGUACGAGAACACGGAGAAGCGCAUGGCCAAGGUUGCCGCCAAGGGCAUCCUGUACAUGGGCAUGGGCGUGUCCGGCGGCGAGGAGGGCGCCCGCAGGGGUCCCUCCAUGAUGCCCGGCGGCAGCCCUGAGGCGUACAGCCACAUCAAGAGUGUGGUGGAGAAGGUGGCGGCACAGGUGGACGACGGCCCCUGCGUGAUGUACAUUGGUGGCGGCGGCGCGGGCAACUUCGUCAAGAUGGUGCACAACGGCAUCGAGUACGGCGACAUGCAGCUCAUCAGCGAGGCCUACGACGUGCUGAAGACGCUGGGCGGCCUCAACAACGAGGAGCUGGCGGCGGUGUUCAAGGAGUGGAAUGACGCCGAGCUCAAGUCAUUCCUGGUGGAGAUCACGGCCAUCAUUGUGAACAAGAAGGACGACCAGGCGCCCGGAUAUCUGGUGGACCAGAUUGUGGACCAGACCGGCUCCAAGGGCACAGGCAAGUGGACGGUGCAGCAGGCGGCUGAGCUGGCGGUGGCGGCGCCCACCAUGGCCUCGGCACUGGACGCGCGCUACAUGAGUGCGCUCAAGUCGGAGCGCGUGGCCGCCUCCAAGUCGUUCACAAGCUGUGUCACGCCCGGCCCUGUUGCGGGUGUGGACAAGGCGCAGCUGAUCAACGACGUGCGCGCGGCGCUGUACGCCAGCAAGAUCUGCUCGUACGCGCAGGGCAUGAACAUUAUCAAGGCCAAGAGCGUGGAGAUGAAGUGGAACGUCGACCUGGGCGGCCUGGCGCGCAUCUGGAAGGGUGGCUGCAUCAUCCGCGCGCAGUUCCUGGACCGCAUCCGCGUCGCCUACGAGCGCAACCCCGAGCUGCCCUCGCUGCUGGUGGACCCCGACUUCGCCAAGGAGCUCACCGCUGCCGAGGCGUCCUGGCGCCGCGUGGCCGCGCUGUCCAUCACGCACGGCGUGCCCAUCCCCUCCAUGACCUCCUCCCUGGGCUACUUUGACACCUACCGCCGCGAGCGCCUGCCCGCCAACCUGGUGCAGGCGCAGCGCGACUUCUUCGGCUCGCACACCUACCAGCGCUUCGACAAGGAGGGCUGGUACCACACCGUGUGGGACGAGACCUUCGGCUCCGCCGACUCCAUCACCACCAGCGGCUACGUGGUGUAAGGCGAGGCAGCGGGGUGGUGUUGCGAAGGGCAGAGCCACUGCUGGUGGCGGCGUAUUGUCGUAGCAGACGUGGCGGUGGUGGUUACUGGUCAAGGCUUACGCAUCUGGACCUGUCGCAGGGUCUUGUGUUGUUAUGCAAGGUGAAGAAGAGUUGCGCUGGCGCUGUGCCGCUUGUACCGUAUGUGUUUGGUGCUGUUGGAACGGGGCCGGCGUGAUUGCGCUUGAGCAUUUCAGGCGGCCGCCGGCUCCAGGAGAGCAGUGUGAUGUGCGUGCUCGCGAGGGUCGUCGGACUGAGAAGGGCUAUGGGCGGCAUGCGUCGUGCCCGAUGCCCCAGGGUGUCGGGGCGCAUGCAACUGGCUGUAGCGCUUCAAGCCAGGCUGGUCGACCCCUCACGUGGCUCUCGAGUGGUUUCGGUAGUUCAACUACCCCGAUGAUGCUAUUAUCAGUUAUGUUCCAGGGCUCAAUUGGGCGCCUGGUGGUACCGUACCGGUAUGCAUACAUUGUUUCUGGGCAGCGGAGAAGUAGUGCAGUUACGGAGGCAAGUAUUUCUUAGGUCCUAGGAAUAACUGCGGGGCUGACCCCUAUCGCUCAGUCCCCUGCGUGUUUGUCCCAGCGCGUAAUGCCCAAUGCUCGAAGAUGAGAUUGCCACGAAUAUGGCUGUGUAAAGCUUUGGGACU